CCGUGCGGCCGACUGUCCUGCGCGCCGGCACAUUGCGCGAACGGCGGUGUGAUGACCGGGAUGUGCAAGGACGAGAUGCAGAACAAGUCGGAAGAUGCAAUCAAGCGAUGGAGAUGAGCGGCCGCCGGCGCAUGCAAUGCCGGCACCGCAUUCUCCGCCCUCCCCUCGAACCUUAUUUCGUGCUGCUCCGAGCCAAUGGAUAUCACAAUCUUUUCAACAGGACUCGAGCUACCAAUGGACUAUGCCAACAUAACCUGACGCAUCAUCUGAGCUUCCACGCAGCAUCCACGACCUGUUCAAAAGUCCUUGAGCAACGCACUGUACUCGCCAGUGUACUCCCCAGUGUAUUUGCUCCGCUCCAUCCACUCGCGCGCCGACCGCACUCGAUCCGGCAAGAUGUGAUCGAGAAGGGCAUAGUCCCUCCUGGUCAGCCCGGUGUUGCCCUUGCUCGCCUUCCACAAAUUGUAGAAAUUCUCGCCGUACGACAGUGUCAGCGUCGACUGGUCCGUCGUCGAGCGAUACCCAAGCUUCGUGUUCGCGCCGUCCGGGGGCGUGCCAAAGGCCAUCUCGCAUCACGUUUCCGCUGAAAAGAGAAGAUAUUUGAGCGAAGUCGAGCAUGGGAUUGGAGGUCUUUCAUGAGCGCUUCGGACAUCUUGAGGCUCCGUACGGGCAGGGAUACAAUGUCUGAGAAAGAUCAAUGAUGUUGCUGCUGCCAUUCCAUCAAUUGGCGACGCUAGAAGACUGCCCUGAAGCGGAAGGCGCCACCCACGCGAGGCUGUCGACAUCAAUACGUGAUCAGCCCCGGUCCCUCGGCAGCUUUCAUAAAUCUGACUAAUGCCUCCCACGUCGAACGUCA